UUCUCAUAUACCCAAUCCCUGUAGCGUUUUGAAUCAGCUAGGAAUAGAGAGAGGCAGAAGAAGGCUGAGAGACGAUCGGAGGCGAAGAUGGAUCCAGACGCUUUGUCGAAAGCAUUCGUUGAGCACUACUACACCACCUUCGACACCAAUCGCACUGGCUUAGCUAACUUGUACCAAGAGUCUUCCAUGUUGACUUUCGAAGGCCAGAAGAUUCAAGGAUCUCAGAAUAUCGUCAACAAGCUCACAUCUCUCCCUUUCCAGCAGUGCAAACAUAGCAUCACCACCGUCGAUUGCCAGCCCUCCGGUCCUGCCGGUGGUAUGCUCGUUUUUGUCAGCGGCAACCUUCAACUUGCCGGAGAACAACACGCUCUUAAGUUCAGUCAGGUUAAUUCGGGUAUUUAUAUGAGAUUUGAGUUUUAAACCUUAAUUAAGCAAUCAGGAAACCUAGGUUUUGUGUUGCGGAUGAGAGAAUCCGGUUACUGCAGCUUUAGUUUUGUUGUCAAACGCGUUUGUCUGUUGGGUGUUGAUUUGGCAGAGUAUUAGAGGAAUGCUCCUUUUUCAUUUAAAUCUUACAAGAAAUGCUUUUCUAUGAGUCAAUAAUUGGUCAGGAUUUAUGGCAUAAUGAGGGAUAUUUAGUUGCUUUUGUGUAGUGUUUGUACCGAUCUGUGUGCUGUUUAGUUAAUGUUGUGAAAUAGAAUUAUUGUUAGGAAAUAGCAAGUAUGGAUCUCUUAUGCACUAGUAUAAAUGGGAUAGAACUGGUGUGCAUUAUGUUUGGAUCUGUAUUCUAACGAGCAUCUUGAGAUAAGAUUUGCGUUGCCACCUUGAAGGUAACAUUUCAGUUUUUACUUAUCUCAUUUGAGUCUUUUCUUAACUCCAGAAGGUACAAGGUGGUAUAUGUUAUUGUUUGUACCCAAAUGAAACCCGUUUAAGGUGUUUUUUUGUUAACCAUGGGUGUCUAGGCCAGUUUGGGCGUAUCUCAACUAAUCCCAGGGGCUGGAGAACAGCCAGAAAAUUCUUUAUUGGCGUGACCUCAAAGGAGGAUCUUAUUGCUAGUUGAGCUAACCUGUAUCAGUUUUGACGCAAAUGCUUGGCUAUUGGUACCAACUUGUACAUAAAGGGGAACACUUUUGUGUUGGAAUAUAUUUCAUAUUUCUAGUUAGUGUAACCAUCAUGAAAUUGAAAUUUAGUACCAUAUUUUACAUUAUGGACUCAUAUUUACACUUAAUAGGUUGUUUCUGAUCUGACAGUCUUUGCCUUUUUGGAGACCAUCAUUUUGUGUUGAAGUGCUUACUCGCGUGUUGUGGAUGGAGUGAUUUAUGUUUCGAAGUUUUAACUGUUGUAGUUGGCUUUAGGUUUCGAGGAAAACCAUUGUAGUUGCAGAAAUUCCAAAAUAAAACUCUUCACCUUGAAACUUGGACACUUUUGUCCAUUUCUCGCAACAACAAUGGUAUUCUUUUGAAUUUAAAGCCAAGUACAAUUGUUAACACUGUUUAAAAUUUUCAAGCAUUCUUUUUAUCUUUGGUAACUCUAAUGGUUUUCUUGAAAGCUAAGGUCAAAUAUAAUUGUUGACACUCAUUACGAAUGAGUUUUUCUUACUUAUCCUACACAUAAUUGCUUGAUUUUUCUUGUCCUUAAAUCGCUGGCUUACAUGGACGAGCCCAUAAAGUUACAUUGUAUUAUAUGCUAGAGUCAGCUAUAAAACCUCAUGAUGUCCUUCCUUAUCCUAAAAGUUAUAUGAUUUAUAAUUUCUAGAAUACAGCUACUAGUUUCAUUUUCCAAAUGUGACUGUGGUUAGAGGGAAUGAUGAUCUUUUAGCAUGUAUUCUUCAUUUUCUUUCUUCCUAAUUUUCACAUUCACGAAUGGGCACAUGGGCAUAAUUUUGGGUAGGGAGCUCAUAGCUGAUGAUGGUAUAUGGGAGUUGGAGACUGUUAGGUUAUAUAGAGAUAACAGGAACCUCCAAUUGAGAGAACCAGAGGGAAGGAGAGAUUAGAGGUGUGUGAUGGAUUCAAUGGUAGGACAGGCAUGAGAUAGAAAUUAAAGGGAACCACACCAUUUGACGGAUUGAGUACCUGAAACACUUGUUGAGAGAGAAAAUAAA